AUGGCUUCACAGUUCUCUAGAGACAGACGCAGAGAGAAAAGGACAUGGGCGGUUGACGGAUCAAGAAAGAAGAAGAAGGAGAGACUCUAUUUCUCUAUAACUCUACGGAAAAAGGAAAACGACUCACGUCUCCUGCUCCAAAAAGGAGACGAGGAGAAGGGUGACGGAAAAAGAUUCCCAUCCGUCGGUAAAUCAACACUUCUCUGUAAUUUGGCUGGUGUCUUUUCGGAAGUUGCCGCUUACGAAUUCACGACUCUUACAACGGUUCCUGGAGUCAUUCGCUACAAGGGAGCCAAGAUUCAACUUCUCGAUCUUCCCGGUAUUAUUGAGGGUGCGAAAGACGGAAAAGGACGUGGAAAGCAAGUUAUUGCUGUUGCACGUACUUGCUCACUCAUUCUUAUGGUUCUUGAUGUGAUGAAGCCAUUGCAACACAAAAAAUUACUCGAGUACGAGUUAGAAGGAUUCGGAAUUCGUCUCAACAAGCAACCACCAAAUAUUGGAUUCAAGAGAAAAGAGAAGGGAGGAAUCAAUCUGACUAUGCUUGUUCCCCAAACGGAACUCGAUUUAGAACUCGUCAAAAGUAUUUUGGCAGAAUACCGUAUUCAUAAUGCCGACAUCACUCUUCGUUAUGAUGCUACUUCUGAAGAUUUGAUUGACGUGAUUGAAGGAAAUAGAGUUUACAUUCCAUGUAUCUAUGUUCUCAACAAAAUUGAUCAAAUCUCGAUUGAAGAACUCGACAUCAUCUACCGUAUCCCUCAUACCGUUCCAAUCUCCGCCCAUCAUAAAUGGAACUUUGACGACUUAUUAGAGAAAACUUGGGAAUAUUUGAAUUUGAUUCGCAUCUACACAAAGCCAAAAGGUCAACUUCCUGAUUACUCCCAACCAAUUGUUUUGAACGCGGAACGCAAGAGUAUCGAAGAUUUGUGUAUGAAGAUUCACAAGUCUCUUCAAAAGGACUUCAAAUGCGCCCUCGUUUGGGGAGCCUCGGCUAAGCACAACCCUCAACGUGUUGGUCGCGAUCAUGUUCUCAUUGACGAAGAUGUCGUUCAGGUUAUCAAAAAAGUCUGA